GGCUCUCCCGCAUUCAUAUUUCAUUGUCCACCAACACCACCCACCGUUCACUCUACAAUGUCGCUAACGAUACCCCAGGCCUCUCAGGCCGGCCUAUUCAAGCCUGGUUAUACCAGCUACGAUGCCGAAGAUGGCGCCGUGAUCCGGAAUAUUGACGCUUGCAGAACGAUAGCUCAGACCGUACAAACGUCCUUAGGACCGUACGGACGAAACAAAAUCGUCAUCAACCACCUGCAAAAGAUGAUCCUGACCUCCGACGCCGCCACCAUCCUGCGCGAACUAGAAGUCGUUCACCCCGCUGCGAAACUCCUCGUCAUGGCCAGUCAACAGCAAGAGGCCGAGAUGGGUGACGGGACGAACAUGGUCAUAGUACUGGCAGGAGAGCUGCUCAAGAAGGCGGAAGAACUAAUACGGAUGGGCCUCAAGACCAGCGACAUUGUAUCCGGCUACGAAAAAGCACAAGCCUACGCCUUGACGUGCCUAGAAGACCUCGAAGUCGACAGCGUCUCAGACCUGCGAUCGCCGGAAGAACUCACCAAAGCUCUGCGCACAGUCGUUGCGGCGAAACAAUCUGGCUCCGAGGACGCCAUAUCACAAUUGAUUGCCGAAGCCGUCCUCGCGGUCCUGCCCAAGAAUCCAGUCAACUUCAAUGUAGACAACAUCCGCGUGGUCAAGAUCAUGGGCGGAGACCUAUCAUCAUCCAGAGUUGUCAAGGGCAUGGUCCUCGGCCGUGAACCUGAUGGGAUCGUAAAACGUGCGAAGAACGCCAAAGUCGGCGUCUUCUCUUGCCCCAUCGACACCUCCCAGACCGAGACCAAGGGUACCGUCCUCCUCAAGAACGCCCAAGAAAUGAUGGAUUUCUCAAAGGGCGAAGAAUCCCAACUCGAGGCCGCCAUCAAAGAGCUCUACGACUCCGGUCUACGCGUAGUCGUUGCCGGCUCAACCAUCGGCGAAUUGGCCCUCCACUACCUCAACAGAAUGGGCAUUCUCGUGAUCAAGAUCCUUUCUAAAUUCGAACUCCGCCGCCUCUGUCGGGUUUGCAAUGCCACGCCCCUCGCCCGCCUCGGCGCCCCAAUGCCUGAUGAGGUGGGCAACAUCGAUGUUGUCGAGACCGCCGAGAUCGGCGGCGACCGCGUCACCGUCUUCCGCCAGGAGUCCGAGACCGCAACGACACGAACUGCGACCAUUGUCCUCAGAGGAGCCACGCAGAACCAUCUCGACGACGUCGAACGCGCGAUCGACGACGGCGUCAAUGUCAUCAAAGCCGUGACCAAGGACUCGCGCCUCGUCCCCGGCGCCGGCGCCACAGAAAUGCAACUCGUUGAGCGCAUUUCCCAUUUUGCGGACAAAACGCCCGGCCUGCCACAGUACGCUAUCCGCAAAUACGCCGAGGCGUUCGAGGUCAUUCCACGCACGCUCGCCGAGAGCGCCGGGCUCGAUGCUACAGAGGUCCUGGCGAGACUCUACACCGCACACCAGCAGCGCCUGAACACGAGCGAAGUCAAGCGCCGCAAGGCCAAGGAGGAGAGUGACGAGAGCUCGUCGGGCGAGGAAGAAGAAGAAGACGACGACGAAGGUUCGUCCAGCAGCACAUCCGAAGAGGAGCCGUACUGGACGACGGGCGUGGACCUGGAAGGCUCGGAUUCAACGGGCGUGCUGGACGCCGUGGAUGAGCAGAUCCUCGAUCUGCUGGUGACUAAGAGCUGGGCCAUCAGAUUAGCAACGGAGGCCGCACGAACGGUGCUGAGUGUCGACCAGAUCAUCGUGGCAAGACAGGCUGGUGGGCCCAAGCCGCCGGGCCCGAAUCCGAACUGGGAUGAGGACUAGCGUGGAGGAAAUGGACAAAAUACAUGAGCCAUAAAACGCUUCAACUCGCUGACGAGGUAAUGUGCCUGAAAGAGAUCGAGGACGGAGAAAAUGGCCUGAAGGUGGAGAGGUAGUUUCCAGUGUCGGGAUAUGCCUUCAUAGCAUCGGCACUGUGAGCUGCUCGCAGGUCAAGAGGACGCAGAAGGCUACGAGGCGUGGGAGCAAAGAGGAUAUCAAAGUUCGUUGUGGCAAAGGCUGCACAACUGUCGUCCAGUACCGGGGUGCAUACGCUGCUCUGGACAGUCCACACAUUCCUGGUGGCCAACGUGCGUUUCGCAUCACAGUCGAUCUACCACAUCAAGAUAAAAGGGUCUCCAGAGGCGGACGUUGUUUGACGCGUCGUCUCGCAAAGACCCGAGGCGUGCGAACACAAUCGUACAAAAAAAUGCCGAAUGAAACCACUUGAAAUCUGAAA